ACAAACAUGGCUGCCUCCAUUCAAAAACCAAAACGGCGUGCAGUUCCGCGUGUGCUUUCCCGAUAGUGGUUCAUUAGCCUAUUUUUGUGCUCUCAAAUAUCCUCCACUGAGCUGAGGGACCAUGGCUAAGCGGAAGAGAGGCAAGAAUAGUCGGAGUGCGGCCAGCAAGGUCAAUAACGGCUCCUAUACCGAAGAUGCAUACAUUUCCGAUGCUGUCGAACAUCCGUCACCAAGCGAAGAUACGUUAGCAGAAGGUAAGACGACGCAUGACUCAGUAGGCAAAACUGACAUAAACAGUGUCGUCGAAGACGAGAGAAAUUCGGACGCACCUGAGCAACCGCGAAUCGUUCAACAAACCGUGGCGAACCGCAAGCGUGCGGAUCUGUCGGCCAGCGAAAUAAAGAAAAACGCCGCGCUGAUCGUCCAAGACAGAAAGAACGUCAACCUCCUCCUCGACAUCGUCGACUGCCUGUCUUCCGACUCCGAGGACGUCGUGGUCGCUGCCGCCCAGGCGGCCAACAAGGUGUUCUGUCACUUCCUCAAGACGAGCGCGGCCCUGUACGAGAGCGAAGCCGCAAAACCCGCCGAAUCGCAAAACGCGCUCGAAAAGUUCAACGCCUGGCUUCGGCAGCGGUACGCCGACGCGUGGCGUAGCGUCGUCGCGAUGCUUUCGGGCGCCUCGUCCUCCGGCCGCGUGCAGAGCCUCGCGCUCCAGGUCGCCAUGAAGUGGAUCGAGGUGGAGACGGUGCACAAGAAGCAGGGAGAGCACCACGUCCCCAGCGCCAAAGUAGCAGCCGUCGUCGAAGCGCUGCUGGACCCCGAGCGCGACAUGAAAAGCGUCAUCUCCAAGUUCAACCAGUUCCUCGACCUGGCCGACGUCAAGACGUACGCGCUCCGCGCGCUGGGCAAAGUGGCUCGGACCUGGAGGAGGAUCGACGCGCAGACGGCUACGAAACAAGAUGGCGAUGAGGACAAGGCGACGUCGAAAGAGGAAGAAGAGGAGGAGGUGAAAGCAUCGCAGUCGACGAAGAAGCCGGAAAUGACCGAUCGAUACUUGUCGAACCUCUACAACCUUCUCCUGGGUUUCGACAUGACGGCGGAACCGCACAAGCCGGGAGAGCCCGUUCCCGUUUUGGGAGGCGAGAGCACGAACUACAUCGUCAACCACGAACAAGAGGUCAAGCGCCUGUCGGCCGUGUGGAUAACCUUCUUGCGACAGAAGCUUCCCGUGAAGCUGUACCGCGAGCUGCUCAUCCUGCUCCCCGAUAAAGUGGUGCCGUACAUGCACAACCCUCUCCUGGUCACCGACUUCUUCAUUGAGUCGUACAACCGCGGCGGCUCCUACAGUCUGCUGGCCCUCAAUGGUCUCUUCCUGCUCAUCCACCGGUACCACCUGGACUACCCCAACUUCUACGAGAAGCUGUACGCCCUGCUGGAGCCGGGCGUCUUCUACGAGAAGUACCGGGCCCGGUUCUUCUUCCUCACCGACCUGUUCUUGUCGUCGUCCCACCUUCCGGCAUACCUUGUCGCCUCGUUUGCCAAGAAGCUGGCCCGCAUGGCUCUAGCGGCGCCCCCUUACGCCCUUCUUUAUGUCAUCCCGUUCAUCGGCAACCUCCUGAUAAGGCAUCGCAGUCUAGUCACCAUGAUCAACGACUCCUCGGACCGCGAUGCUUCCAUAGACCCGUACGAAGCAGAACAGAUGGACCCGAGCAAGUCGCAGGCUGUGGACAGUUCCCUCUGGGAGCUGAAGACGCUGCAGAGUCAUUGGUACCCGACUGUGGCUAAGAAGGCGAAGUUCAUCGAUGACAACCUGCCACGAAUGGAGUGGGACUUCUCCGAACGACUCGAGGAGGGAUAUGCUGAAAUGAUGAAGCGCGCCAAGUCUGCUAAGCACAAGGAGGCACCGACAAACUUCCACAAGGUUGAAGGACUCUUGAAGCAAAAGGAAGAGCUUUUGAGUGAGUUGUGGACUUUGGAGUGAGAUUGAUUCUUAGGCUUUCAUGAACUUGGCAUGAGGAAGACCAUUCCUUUGUGCAUAGAUGACAGUGUUGACACAUUGUGUGUUCAAAAUCUGUUCUCGCAUGUGUCCUUAAAGAGUAGUGGUGCCUAUGGGCCAUUGCUGUGCCUUUUCAUCCUGUGAAACCAUGGAUGUCUAGGGACAUUUUGUCGUGUAACAUUGUUUGGAGAUCUGGAAUUUUUCACUGCUCCUGCAACUCAAAUACAUCUGCACAUCAGGAGGUCUGCUGUACCUACUCAGCUACAAAGUGCUUGCAUUAAACAUUGCAGAAAAAAUUCCCAAAUUACAAAAUUUUUUGUGCUAGAAAUACACUGAAGCUGCGCUAGAAAUUACUCAGUUGGAAGUCAUGUUUGUAAAAAUCCUGCAAAUAUUAGAGAGUCUUAAAAUAGGGGCCCCAAUAUUUUGGGGCCCCAAAGAGCUUUGCGGGUGUUAGCGUUGGGGCACGCAGGAGUGAAGAGUUUUAGAAUAGGGCUUUGCGUUUGCGGAUAGCGUCUUGCACUGACAGCGCCACUACGGUGUCUAAGAAGAACUAUUAGAAAUAAUUAAAUAAAAUAUACCAUUUUAUGAUAGGAAUAGUAAUUUUGACUUGCGUGUAUUCGCGUUUAAUUACAAUUUAGAGGUUAUUCUUCAAGCAGCAAACAAUUAGUUGCGCUUAGUUUUGAGCAACAAAACCAACUUUACGUGCCUUCACCAGCCAAGCUUAGCCGUGUUAGGCCUACGAGCCAUAAAAUCCACACUAGAAUUCGGAAUCAGCGGUGUCUAAUGAAUCAAUCUUCAUAACACACGCUAGUUGAGAGAAAGCAAUAACCGCAGUCACUUCUCCUAGCUUGCGAACUUCAUGCGUUACCGCGAACUAGGUUAGAGCCGUCGCUUCGAUGGGUACCGCUAUGUUUGUUGACGCAAAGCUUUUGGGACCGCUAUUUGGGCUCCCCCUAAAUCGGUGAAAUAGCGUUCCCAACGCAAAACCCAAACGCAGUUUGUGUCUCACGCAUGCGCAGUGGCUUCGACGCUAUUUCUUUGGGGCCCCUAUUCUAAAACUCUCUAUUAUCGGUAGGCUACAAAGAACUGUAACCUGCUCAGUCAUGCUGGCACAUGUUGAAUUUAGUAUGUAUGUUACUAAAAUAAUGCAACUGUGUGCUCAUCUAAGGUUAUUGCAUAUGAGUGCAGCAACACAAGUAAAUUUCCUUGCUAUGCAAUGACAUUAGCUGAUCAUCUUUUAGUGCCUAAGUGGCACUACGAAGGUGUGGCAAGAUAAAACCUGCAAGAGCACGUUCUGUGGUCAUUAUUGUUGUUCGCUUAUUCUCAAAACAAAGUUUGCUUUCUGUCUUGCA